AUGUGUGAAAAUAAGUGGAAAAAUAAUCCAAAAAGACCCCUAACUUUACGUGAAUUGGAAGCCGAAUUGGAAAAUAUUACCGAUAAUGAAAUUGACGUUGCUAUUAUUCCUCCAACGGGAGAUGACCUAACUGAUGAAGAGUAUUUUGACGACAACGAUCUAACAGGCAAUGAAAAUGAAUUGACCCAAGAUGUUGCUGGCACUUAUGAAAUAAUUUCAAAUAAUAUUGAUGAUACGGUAGACGCCAAUUUCCCCGAGCCUUCUACAAGCCAACCCCCUACUCCUGGACCUGGACCAAAAAAAAGAGCCAAAUUAUCUAAAUUUUGUCCAAAAUGGGAACAUAAAAAACAUCCCACAUAUUUUUCAUCGCCUGAGUCCAAUCAAAUUACCCGUGAGCAUACGUUGAAAGAGACUGUAGAAAGAAAAAGUCCUCUAGAAGUGUUUGAAAUGUAUUUUGACAAUGAGGUUCUAACACUUAUUGUAGAUUUUUCGAUAAAAUAUGCCCAUGAUAAUAAUAGACAUCAGUAUAUAUUUUCUAUAGAUGAUUUAAGAAAAUUUUUGGGAAUAAUGAUUUUAACGGGUUAUCACACUCUUCCACAAAUGGAUAUGUACUGGAGUAAAGACGAGGAUAAAGCUGCAGAAGUGUCUGUUGUUCGUUGGAACGAUAAUGUUGUGGUUACUGUUAUUUCAAAUAAUUGCUUCAUAGAUCCCAUGGUACAGACAAAGAGAUAUAAUCGGAAAGAGAGGAAAGAAGUGAACAUUCCUCAACCUAAUGUUAUACAACAGUACAACAAACAUAUGGGGGGAGUGGAUUUACAUGACAACGGUAUUGCAAACUAUAGAAUUAGGGUACGAGGAAAAAAUGGUGGUGGCCCCUUUUUAUAA